AUGAGGCGCAUUCUGCAGCUUGACGGGGGUGUGAUCUCUUGGGAGUUGUUCCGAGAGGAAUUCUAUAAGAAAUAUUUCCCCACCUCAGCUAGAAAUGCCAGAGAACUCAGAUUGCUUCAGCUUAAACAGGGACAGAUGACCAUUACUGAGUAUACAAGUAAAUUUGAGGAAUUUUGUUGCUUUUCACGCAUCUGUCAGGGAGCUCUUGAGGACUUUGCUGAAUGGAAGUGUAUAAAGUAUGAAGGAGGCCUUAGGAGUGACAUUCAGAGAUUUGUGGCACCUAUGCAGAUUUGGGAGUUUUCUGAGCUUGUGAAUAGGAGCAGGGUGGCAGAGGAUUGUGUCAGAAGGGCUGCAGCAGAAAAAGAGAGUCUGAGGAUGCCAUUCCAGAGGACUAUAGGGAGAAAUUUUGCACCUAGGGACAGACAAUUCAAGCAUGGUGGCUUUGUCCCUCAGAACAAUCAGGGGCAAGGCAACUCCAGGAGGCCUAAUGCUAGUGCUAACCAGGGAAGGAGACAGGGGAAGCAGCCACAACAGGAUAUGAGUUGCCAUAGAUGUGGGAAGUAUCAUUCUGGGCCAUGCAGGUUUGGGACCGAAGUCUGUUACUCCUGUGGACAGGCAGGACACUUGGCUAACAGUUGCCCAGAGAAGAAGAAGUAUGAGAUAGGUAGAAUACAGCAACCAGGCAGAGUAUACACUACUUCUUUUGUAGGUGCUGAGGGGUUAGAGACAUUGAUCAGAGGUAACUGUGAGAUGGCUGAUAAAACUUUGAAUGCUUUGUUUGAUUCUGGAGCUACACAUUCUUUUAUUGCAUUUGAGAAGGCUCGUGAGUUAGGAUUGAAAAUUGUAGUCCUGGGAUAUGAUUUGAAGAUGUAUAAUGCCACCCACGAAGCUAUAAUCACUAGGUUAGGGUGCCCCCAAGUUCCCUUUCGAAUACAACAGUGUGAUUUUGUGCAUAACUUAAUCUGUUUGCCAAUGAUUAGUCUUGAUCUCAUUUUGGGAUUAGACUGGUUAUCCAAGAAUCUUGUUCUACUCUAUUUCUCUGCAAAAACAAUAUGUUUUAUGCCUGAGGACACAGAAGGGCCGGUGGUGGUGAAUAAAUACUAUUUGAAUUCCAUGAUAGUGAACUAUUCUGGGGCCAUAUGUCAAAGAAUAUUGUUGUUAGCUGCGGGUGUUUCGGGUGAUGAUCAUAACUUAGAACAAAUCCUAAUUGUGUGUGAGUUUUCGGAGGUGUUCCCUAAUGAUAUUGAUGAAUUUUCACCGAAACGGGAAGUUGAGUUUGUUAUUGAUUUGGUACCUAGGGCCAGACCAAUCUCAUGUGCUCCUUAUAGGAUGUCGCCUCUAGAAAUGGUCGAAUUGAAGUCUCAACUAGAGGAUCUGUUGGGUAAGAAUUUUAUCCGACCAAGUGUAUCUCCGUGCGGUGCGCCAGUAUUACUAGUGAAGAAGAAAGAUGGAAGUAUGCGCUUAUGUGUUGACUAUAGGCAGCUGGAUAAGGUUACAGUGAAAAAUAAAUACUCGUUGUCAAGGAUUAAUGACCUGAUGGACCAGUUAUAA